CUUCAGCCUUACGCGGAGAGUUUUGUAGUCGGAAUGACACCGCGGAGGACGCUAUUCCCCAAAUGGAAGUUCCCGGCCAGUUGACGGCAUCUGCUCCGCCUACACAAAAAAACUCGAAGAAAUCAUUUUGACAUGCAAGUUUCGCCAUGCUACCCGGGAACAUUAUAGCCGAACGGCUCGAAUUACACUUGAACUCGGCAACUGAAGAGUCUAGCAGCGAAGAGGAUUUUCGAGAUUCUCCUCCAAAACGAAGACGAAUUUCGCAGGAGAGUGGUACACCUCCACGCGCCGCCGCCCAACGAGUCCCCGUAUCCAGAGUUAAAAGCACCGUCCUUCCAGAGAAGAAUGGGCCAUCGUCAGCGGCGCGACCUUCGAUCCCUACAACCUCUGCUACCUUUCAGUCACUUGCUGUGGCGCCAUGGCUGAUACAUUCUCUCGCCGCAAUGGCCAUAUCACGUCCCACCGAGAUUCAGCGAACAUGCAUACCUGAAAUUCUAAGAGGAAGAGAUUGCAUCGGAGGCUCGCGGACGGGCACUGGGAAAACUGUGGCCUUUGCAGUCCCUAUAUUACAAAAAUGGGCAGAGGAUCCCUUCGGUAUCUACGCUGUCAUUCUCACGCCCACGAGGGAGCUGGCGCUGCAAAUUUACGAACAGUUUCAAGCACUAGGGGCCCCGCAGAAUCUCAAGACAGUCCUGAUAACAGGCGGAUGUGACAUGAGGCCCCAGGCGGUUGCUCUAGCUAAGCGACCACACAUCGUCGUUGCAACACCGGGGAGACUGGCAGACCACAUUCUCAGCUCUGGCAAAGAAACUACCAUCGGGUUGUCUCGCGCAAAAGUGAUGGUCCUUGAUGAAGCCGACCGCUUGCUAGCCUCUGGACCGGGCUCCAUGCUUCCAGACCUCAACACCUGCCUAUCUGCUCUUCCUCCACCUUCGUCACGAUUAACCCUGCUAUUCACCGCGACAAUAACGUCAGAAGUUCGAGCGCUGAAGGAACUUCCGCGCCCACCAGACCGGCCUCCUAUUUUCAUCUCCGAAGUUGCAGACCUCUCGGACCCCUCACUCUCCUCCAGCCUUGUUCCGGCGACCCUCACACAAACAUACCUCCAGAUUCCCAUGACGCACAGAGACGCCUUUCUUCACGUCCUUCUGUCGGUUCCUUCGUUCAUUAAAACCCCUGAGCCCAGCAUCAUAGUCUUUGUCAACCGCACCAGCACUGCCGACGUCCUUCACCGAACCCUCCUCCAACUCUCUCAUCCUGUGACAGCACUGCACUCCGAACUCCCCCAGAGCCAACGAAACAGGAAUCUCUCCGACUUUCGCUCUCAGAAGUCGCGGAUUCUUAUAAGUACAGAUGUUGCAUCAAGAGGUCUUGAUAUUCCUGAGGUCAAUUUCGUGAUUAACUUUGAUGUCCCUCGGAAUCCGGUAGAUUACGUUCACCGGGUUGGGCGUACAGCUAGAGCGGGCAGGGAAGGCACGAGCAUCACAUUUGUUGGACAGAGAGAUGUCGCUCUGGUUCUAGCAAUUGAGGAGUACACAGGAAGUAAGAUGGUAGAGUGGGCUGAAGAGGGGGUAAACAUCGAGACACGUGUGGUGAAAGGCCGGACACUGAAGGACGUGGCCGAGGCGCGAAUGGAAGCUCUUCGGGAUGUCGAGAGCGGCAAGGACCUGAAAGGCUGGCGAAGGAAGAUCAAGAAGGAUAGGAAGCGAGCAGUUGCUCAAUAAUGGACAACCUCGAAGACACGCUUUUCGCCGGGCUUCAAUGGUGUCUUUUGUGGACUAUGAGUAUGCCCGCUAUGGUACAUUUGUGUCGAACAAUUACUAUCCGAGAUGUUAACGUCCAGCCUCGAGGUUCUUCUCCUCCGUUCUGCUCUCUUCCUAUUGCCUGUCUGCCAUCUGGCUCUUCAACGAUCGUGCAUUCAUACAUCAUUCCUCAAAACCUUCACAAUUGCAUACAUAAAGUGCGG